GACCAUGUGAUACUCUUGUCACACCAUUCGAGAUAAUCGGUUUCAUUAUUGAAAGCUAUUGAGAAUAACAAUAAAUUUUAAGUGGAAAAAAAAAUUAUUCUUUAAAAAAAAUAUUCUAGUGUUAAUUUAAACUCAGUGUUAAUUAAAUUCCAAAAUGGGAUAUAUUUUAACAAUUAUAACAAUUGUCACUCUUGUUAUUAUUAAUAAUAGUGAAAUAAGUGAUGGCUACAGAAUAUUGGGAUUAUUUCCAUUAAAUGGUAAAAGUCAUUUUGUUAUGUGUGAACAAUUAAUGAAAACUCUUGCCAAAAAGGGUCAUCAAGUCGAUGUUGUUAGUCAUUUUCCACUUAAAAAACCAUUUUCUAAUUAUAGAGAUUUUAGUUUAAAAGGUUCAAUACCAAAUGUUGUUAAUAAUUUAACUUUUCAACAAUUUAACCAAUUUACCCAAGGUUCUUUUAAACAUUUUGUCGAUAUUACUGGAAAUGAAAUAUGCAAGUUAUUAAACCAUCCAGUCAUCAAUAAUAUCAUUAAAAAUCCUCCCAAUGAUCCACCGUAUGAUCUCGUCAUUGUUGAAGUAUUCGCUGCACAUUGCUAUUUUGCAUUUGGACGACAUUUAAAAGUGCCAAUGAUUGGUGUUUCAACAGCGGCAUUAUAUGAUUGGAUUAGUGAACCAAUAGGAAAUCCAGCUAAUCAGGCAAUUAUUCCCGGCGCAUUUUCAGGAUUAAAUUUUAAAAUGAAUUUUUGGCAACGAUUAAAAAAUACAUUAAUGUCACAUAUAAUUAAAAAUGGUUUCAAUUAUUAUGUUUCUGAACAAUCGAAAUUUGUUGAUCAAUAUUUUGGUCCAGGAUAUCCUGGUAUUUAUCAACUUUCCAAAGAAUUUGCUCUAUUGUUAGUAAAUUCACAUUACAGUAUUAAUGGAAUUCAACCUUUGACUCAAGCUGUUGUUGAAGUUGGAGGUUUACAUAUCGAAGACAGUGGAAUUAAAUUGGAUACGGAUCUUCAACAAUGGCUUGACGAAAGCACAAAGGGCUGUAUUUAUAUAUCGUUUGGAUCAAUGGUAAAAAUAGAAUCCUUCCCUAUUGAAACUCUCAAAGCUUUUUAUUCAACUUUUCGAAAUAUAGCGCCAGUUCGAGUUUUAAUGAAAAUCGCAAACCCAAAGGAAUUGCCACCAGAUCUUCCCAAAAAUGUGAUGAUACAUUCUUGGCUACCGCAAAUUCAAAUUCUAAAGCACAAAAAUGUACAAGCAUUCGUCACUCAUGGUGGAUUAAUGAGUAGUUUAGAAGCAAUUUACUGUGGAGUUCCAAUGAUUGGAAUUCCACUUUUUGGAGAUCAGAUUAUUAAUAUAAAAUCUCUACAGGAACGAAAAAUAGCAACUUCAUUGAAUUAUAAAAACAUUACUGAAAGUGAAUUCACAAAUACUGUGAAAACCGUACUGAAAAAUACGGAAUUUAGAGAAAACGUCAAGAAGUUGUCAAAAUUAUAUUACGAUCGUCCUUUGAGUCCUCAGGAUACUGCAAUUUUUUGGGUCGAAUAUAUAAUAAGACACGGGAACGUUCUUCGUUCCCCAGCAAUCGAUUUAUCAUGGUAUCAAGUUCAAUUAUUGGACAUUUACGGUUUUAUAUUCUUGGUUAUCAUCCUUGUUAUCUAUCUUUUAAUAUUAAUAAUUCGCGGUCUAAUUAAAUGUGUUUUUGGUACAAAAAAGAGGAAUAACAAAGAAAUUCUUUCUAAAAAGAAGAAAUAAUAUUCAUUAUUUUAUAUUAUAUAGAAGAAAUUCUUUAAUAAUUAAAUACACUCGACUUUUUUUUAUAAAUUUCUUUUUCAAAUAAUUUUAAAUAGUAGAAUUUUUAAUUAAAUAAAUUUUGAAAUCUGUAAUAUCUAUAA